CUCUGAAGAGUCUGCAGUUAUAGGAAGCGAACAAACAGGAGCGCCUUUCAAUCGUAAUUGGAACCGCAGGGGCCUGACCAACGUCCGUGUUCAAGCACUCCUUUUCCCAUAACCAUCAUUCUUCGAGAGUGUCUCCGUCUCUAUAAGAGAAACACAAUAGCCUGUAUAUGCGAUGACAGAAUAACACAUUGAGGUCGAUUCUUGUCACGAAGCAAUUCCUGACCGAUGAAAUCUCAUUUGUACGACACAAAAGCAUAGAAAAGCGAAACAGGCAGGAGAGAAGCGCCCUGAGAUGAGAUCUCGGAUCACCCACGAGGGAGGAGCAAAUGUCGCAAAUUGCCGAUAACGAUCAGCCAGCGGGAGUGAUGGUAUUCUUUCAGGAUAAGAGACUAAUAAGAGAUUCGCAUAUAACUUUUCUUACAAACUCUACGUACUCGACGACGCGCGUCUUGCUAAAUUCAACUUUGGAUGAUUUCUCGCGAUGCAGUGUUCAACGUACACACGCUUAUGCGGCCGCAUGUCGACAGGUGCUUAAAAAGAAAUUACACGAUUUCGUCACAAUGUAUACGCGCAGAUAUUAGGUAGUUUGGAGUGGUGUAUUAAAAUAAAUACCAUUCUCUCUCGGAGAUUUAUUAUGCCUGGUUGUUACAUCAGGCUCCUUUUGGAGUUCUAUAACGAAGCCAACAAGCACGAACCGACGAGACGAGCGAGACUGAUAACAGCGGUAACUCAGCAAGAGCGAGUAUCCGUCUUUCAAGCACUGAAAUCAUAGAAACCAGCUAUAUUGUGCGCCCGCAAGAAAAGUUUCACAUUCAAUUUGUUCCUUCCGCGUUUCGCAGUAAUCGCUCGCCAAUGACUUCCCCCUUCUCCUCCUCUGCAUCCGCCUCUUUCCCUUCUUCAAUAACUUCCAUCCUCACUUUCUAGUGCACCAUCACCAUCCCUCGCACCCUUAUCCGGAUCCACUUAAAUCGAAACGGGCACCAAGAUACCGACUCACAGGUAUAGGAAGGGGACUGGCUCCAUGGAGUCUUCCAACCAAUGACGACCUCGUACUCUCGUCUCUUCGCCUCCGCAUUCCAGUCUCCGCGAACCAAUAAGAGAGACGCGCUAGUUCUCGCAGUGGGGCGAGCAUGGCGCUUCCACCCCCAAAAUGGCUGCGAAAUCGCGCGGGCAUUAGGCAGCCCGUUCAAAAUAAACGGGCGGAUUAAUUUGAGGGGGGUCGCGGGAACAAGUGCAGAGGGUAUACAAGCGCGUGCACCUCCCCCUCCGAUCGUAUGCUAACUUUCCGAGCUUUCCUAUAUGUGCGUUUUCAUCUCCGCGUGUUUGUCUCGCAUAUUCUCGUCGGCGAUAAGGACGGUGGUAUCGAAGUUCGCGGACGCUUCCGGUCAAUCGCGACGGACGUCGGCGACGCAGAACGACGCCAAGUGUUCGUACGGUAGCAUGAAAAUCGGGCCUCCCUCUCGCGAUGCGAGCGUGUUGAUGCAUUUCCUGCAAACUUGUCGCGGUUAAUUGUUAUUGUUUCGUUUGUAAUCUCGAUUGAGGAUUGUGAGCGUCGUGAGUGCGUUAUUUCGCUGAUGGCGAUGAUGCAGGAGCACAAGUCGUUCUUGAUCAGAGAUCUUCUGGGAGAUGUAUUGACCGAGCGUGUUCAAGAAGAUUCGGAGGACGAUUCGGCCGUUCAUUCGGAUUCUGAGGAUACCAUUGAUCCUGGCAGUAGUCCUUGCGCGCGUCUAGAAAGUCCUUCAUCAGCGCAUUCGCCGUCACCAGGUCCGGCGACUACAUCUGCAAAGUCUUGCGGAGUAACCGCCAAUAAUGCACCACCAACUAAUAGAAAACCACGAAGACGACGAACCGCUUUUACUCACGCUCAACUGGCUUACCUCGAGAGGAAAUUUCGUUGUCAGAAAUAUCUCAGCGUGGCAGAUCGUAGCGAUGUCGCUGACGCCUUAUCACUUUCAGAGACGCAAGUGAAGACCUGGUAUCAAAAUAGAAGAACGAAAUGGAAGCGGCAAAAUCAGCUACGAUUAGAGCAGUUGCGCCAUCAAGCCACUGUCGAGAAGGAUCUUUUGGUACGCAGCGUCGGCCUGCAUCACGGCAGCAUAGAUGCUUAUUGCUCUCCAUAUAAUACACAAACGCAAACUAGUCAUCCGCCGCCGCCGCCGCCACCGCCGCCACCGGCACCGUCCACCGCUUCCACGGCGGCGUUUCUCUCGACGGCAGCCGCGCUCUUCCGAAAUGUCACCUACGUCCAUGGCUGCCCGCUCUAACACGCGUGAUUUCAAGAUCAUUCCUGGGUCUAAAGAGAUCCCUCCACCUCCGAACAAACAUUUCGACAAACUACUUGUGUCGUGAGUGCUAUAUAAACUAACUUAAAGUGUUUAAAAAUUUUUUUAAUCGCCUUGGAAUUUUCUUAACAAAUUGAUUUACAUAAUAACGAAUAACAAAAAGUGCUGCCCACACGUACAUAUUACAGUUUCUUUUCUUUCGUUAAGUGAUUAUAUUUUUUCUUAUUACGCGUUUAGAACCUGUAUAUUGUUCUUGCAUAAAAAUUAGGAUGAGAAAUAAGGGGGUAACAAAAAUUGAAUGAAUUGUAUUCAUUCUACAUUGAUCACAUGUCUGCACAUUUAAAUUAGCGUAUCUCGGUGUUUAUAAACAUUUCUGUGCUCGAAAAAUUGUAUCGUGAUCAUUUGUCUGACAUUUCCUUUCGCGAGUAUUAAAUGAGGAUUAAACAAAGAUGUAAAUAUGUAAUUAUUAGGAGUUAAUCGAUAGUCGUAGCUGCUUAUUCCUUUCCAUAAAACGUUUAAUAUAUUAACAUUUUACAAAAGUUUACGUCUUCUAUUCAAUGAGUAACAGAAUUUCUAUAUAAUCGAUAUUAUACACAUAUUAGAAUGUUACAAUAUCGUUUUGAUGUAAUACUU